UCCGCUUUACGAGGGCAGCGCGGAGCACGUGAACGCCUCUCUGGUGUCUUCUGAUUGGUCGGGCCAGUUUCCGGUUACAGAUCCAAGAUGGCGGCCUCACUGGUGGCGCAUGUUGUCGCGGACGCUGGAGCGUUUCUAAAGAAAGCUCCUCUGCAGGAUAUCGGCAGAAACAUCUACACCCUGAAAGAUGUAGUGAACGAGAUCAGAGACAAACCCACCAGGAAGAGUCUGGCCUUCCUCCCGUACCAGCUGACCUUUAAAGAGCCGCACCCUGAGCACAUCAGACUGGUCACAGAGUUCUCUAAGAAGACCGGAGACUACCCGAGUCUCUCUGCCACCGACAUCAAGGUCCUGGCUCUGACCUACCAGCUGGAGCUGGAGCAUGUUGGCUCCCAACACCUGAAGAAAGAGCCGGAGGUUAAGGUGGAUGUUCACAGCACUCAGCUCCACCCAGAGACUCCCGUUAACGUAGCCGGGUUCCACCUCCCCUCCAAGAAACAUGUGGACGGUGUGAACGUCCAUCAGACGGAGACAAAGACAAAGAUGGAGACAUCGAACAGCGAUGAGUUCAACAGCUUCCAGUUCUGGAGAGAACCGCUGCCGUCCAUCGACAGAGACCUGCUGGACCUACUGGAACCCGUGGAGGUUCUAAACCAGAACCUCAAUCAGAACCAGACGGACACUCAGACGUCUUCAGCUGACGAUGACGAGUUUAACAGCUUCCUGUUCUGGAGAGAACCGCUGGUGUCCGUGGACGACUGUCUGCUGGACCUACUGAAAGUGGACGAAGGCUCCUCAUCAGAGAUCCGGUUGGACACGUCACUGCAGACAGACGACCAAUCAGACGACGAGGAUAAAGAGAACGAGCCUGAAGAGGAUGAAGAUGAUGGAGGAGGAGGAGGAGGAUGGAUCACUCCUAGUAACAUCAAACAGGUGAAGAUGGACUCUGCUGAUUGGACGGCUCCUGCUGAUGUCACAGUGGGAUGUCUGACCACCGACUUCGCCAUGCAGAACGUUCUCAUUCAGAUCGGUCUUCAUGUUCUGUCAGUUAACGGGAUGCUGAUCAAACAGGCCAGGAACUACAUCCUCAGAUGUCACGCCUGCUUCAGGACGACCAGCAUCAUGACCAAAGUGUUCUGUCCUCACUGUGGAAACUCGACUCUAAAGAAACUGGCGGUGACGGUCGGAGAGGACGGAAGCACCAAGAUGCAUUUCUCCAAGAACCCCAAAGUCCUGAACCCGAGAGGACUGAGGCACUCUCUGCCUCAGCCUCAGGGGGGUAAACACAGUAACAACCCUCAGCUGGUGGAGGACCAGAGCUUCCCCCAGCAGAGACUGUCCCGUAAAGCCCGCCAGAAGACGGACGUCUUCGAUCCGGACUACGCCGCCGGAGCGUCCCCCUUCUGCCAGAACGACGUCUACAGCCGAGCCGCCAACCUGCAGAUCAGAGACGGACGGGGCGGCGGCGGCAGGAGGCGGAGCAACCCUAACGCCACGCACAAGAAGUUAGUGAAGAAGAAAUGAGGAGGGGACGGACAUGUGGACUCAUCAGGACUCCAGGUCCUUCGUCUGUCAUCCAAGUCCUUCUCUCUGAAGGUGAAGCAUGAACAAAAACUACAGACAGUCCUUUAAUGAUGUUUAUGAAUGAAUGAAUAAAUAAAUAUGAUCUAA